CUCACGCCCACCCCUACCCACAGAUCAUGGUGGUGUGGGCGUUGGUGCAGCAGACUCAGCUGGCUGUGGGCGGCUCUCCUCCUCAGGCACAUCCACAGGACGCCCACGACGCCGCCCCGCGCCCAUCAUCCCCGCCCACUGCACCCUCACAGCCUCCUACAGGUGUCCGAGAGGCGUCACCACCUAAGGCAGUAGUGAAGCGAUCCACGGACGGCCAAAACUACCUGCCCUAUGACUCCCUGGUGGCCUGGCCGAAGCGGAGCGACUCUGACGCGGGCUAUGACUCGUAUAUGCAGAGUAUCGCCUACGAUCCUUACUCCGCCUGGGGCAAGAGGAACGGUUUCGAUUCAUACAUGCAGAGCAUUGGCUACGACCCUUACUCGGCCUGGGGGAAGAGGACGCCGAAAAGGAGCAGCAAGGAGUACCAACGCGAGGCGGCGGCUGGGGAAGGCUCUGAAGGACAAGGAGGUGAAGAAUACGGGGCCUACUAUCCUCAGUCGCACUACUAUGAAAAUGAGGCGGUUAAGAAACACGACCCCUACCUGGACGUGUAUCUCCCCAACCACUUCAUGCACUCCUUCAAGCGCUCCAUCAACCCCUACUACUUCUCCCUCGCCUCCAAUGACUGGAAACGCGCUCCCAACGACAUGGGCGCGCAGGGAUUCCACGAGGGGAUCUUCACGCAUAACUUUGGCGACUUCUCUCCCGUCAAGCGAGGCAAGAGGGAAAUCCAGGAAAACGAUCAAGAAGCUCCAGAAAAGCGUCGAAUGGGGAUGGGAGCGAGUGGCUUCCAUGGCGAUACUUUCAGCCAAGGUUUUGGAGAUUUUGAUACCAUGAAGAAGAGGCGGAUGGGCAUGGGAGCGAGUGGGUUUCAUGGGGACACAUUCAGUCAGGGCUUCGGAGAUUUUGAUACGAUGAAGAAACGCCGCAUGGGGAUGGGAGCCAGCGGGUUUCAUGGGGACACUUUCAGCCAAGGUUUCGGAGAUUUUGACACCAUGAAGAAGCGUAGAAUGGGCAUGGGCGCGAGCGGCUUCCACGGGGAUACAUUCAGUCAGGGAUUUGGUGAUUUCGAUACGAUGAAGAAACGUCGCAUGGGAAUGGGGGCCAGCGGUUUCCAUGGGGAUACAUUUAGCCAAGGGUUCGGGGACUUUGACACCAUGAAGAAGCGACGCAUGGGAAUGGGAGCCAGUGGGUUUCAUGGGGACACCUUCAGUCAGGGCUUUGGAGACUUUGACACAAUGAAAAAACGUCGAAUGGGAAUGGGCGCCAGUGGUUUCCAUGGGGACACCUUCAGUCAGGGCUUUGGGGACUUUGAUACAAUGAAAAAGCGACGCAUGGGGAUGGGCGCCAGUGGGUUUCACGGGGACACCUUCAGUCAAGGGUUUGGGGAUUUUGACACCAUGAAAAAACGCCGCAUGGGAAUGGGCGCAAGUGGGUUUCACGGGGACACCUUCAGUCAAGGGUUCGGGGACUUUGACACCAUGAAGAAACGCUCCGACUCGACUCUGGGCGGCGACAGGUACGAGGAGGAAGUGAAGCAGACCACCACCGAGGAGAAGCAGGAGAGCGCAGGCAACGUUGAGACAGGAGGCGAGGCCGGCAGCAGAAGAAAGCGUGAGACUGAUGAGGACGACGACGCUGUAGCUGAUGCCUAUGACGACCCAAAGGCAACGUAUGACCAAAGAUUCCUGCUUCGUCCUGACGAUGAGAAGGACGAGGAGGAGGAAGAGGACGAGGAGCAGGAGGAGGAGCAGGAGAAGGACGAGACACGCCCCAAAAGAAAUCUGGAGGAUGGAGGAAUACUGCAAGUGGAACUGAGACCACCAAUAGAGAUUCCAGUCACUGCCAGGAGGAGGAGGAGCCUAUACGACCUUGGCACCACCCAGGAAGAUCAGGACGACUCCUUCCGACCUCUGUACAAGCGCUCAGUGGACUGGGGGACGAGCGGUGGCCUUGGGGAGUUCAGUACAAUGAGGAGGCGGCGAUGAGGCCAACCGCUGAUCACACAACCCUGUCCUACCCUGCCAGUGAUUACCGAGACUUCUACUAACCACCCAUAUUACUUCUCUUUACUUAUCCUAUGCCUCAAUGUUGCCCUUUCUUGCCCCUCCUCGUCCUUCCGCUCCGCUGUAAGGACGCCCCUGAGACACCCAGCUGGAGGUGUGCUAUAAGGGGCGGGCGCUUCCAUACACCUGAUGCCCGUUGUCGUUUCUAUAGGUCCCUGCAACGGCGACGGGCGGUGUGUCCCACUACAUACAUACUAUACUAAAUACAUAGCUCCUGACGGUGUAUCACUAUACUGCCCCGUUAUAACCUGCUAUACGUACGUACGUGGAAGUUAUACUAAAGUAUGCUCUAUAUAUACUAUACAGUGUUAUAUGAGGAGGAGUGAGUAGUGCUAUAUAUUAAAGCAUCAAACCUUCGCCCCCAAAAUAA